GCGGAGGCGCGGGCGCGCUCAGGCGGAGGAGGCGGCCUGGAGGCCACAGCAUGGACUCAGGCCCCGAGGAGUACGAGCUCAACGGCGACCCGCGUCCUGGCUCCCCCGCCGCCUCGCCGUCCCGCUGGGGCUGGAGGCACCAGCCCAUCAACGUGAACCACUAUGCCAACAAGAAGAGCGCGGCCGAGAGCAUGCUGGACAUCGCGCUGCUCAUGGCCAAUGCGUCACAGCUGAAGGCCGUGGUGGAGCAGGGCCCCAGCUUCGCCUUCUUCGUGCCCCUGGUGGUCCUCAUCUCGGUGUCGCUGGCGCUACAGAUUGGUGUAGGUGUGCUGCUCAUCUUCCUUGUCAAGUACGACCUGAAUAACCCAGCUAAGCACGCCAAGCUGGACUUCCUCAACAACUUGGCCACGGGCCUGGUGUUUGUCAUCGUGGUGGUCAACAUCUUCAUCACAGCCUUUGGAGUCCAGAAGCCGUUGCCAGAUACAGCGCCCCGGCAGUAGAAACCUGGAUUGUGCCUGCCCAGCAGUCCGCCCACCCAGCCCAGGUGGUCACUGAGCUCUUGAGGCGUCCAUUUAUGGUAUACAGCGCUCUGCAGGACCUCUCGUGCCCAGGGCCCAGCUGCUGCUCUGAUUGGACGGCGUGCAGGAAACCAUCAUGGUGUGUGGGGCCCAGCAGGAGGCCCAGAAGCUCAGAACUGGAAAGCUGCAGAGAUCUGUGUCCAGACAUGGGUCACGGCCCCCCUGGAGACACACAGCAGGUCCAUGGACAGGCCAGACCAAGGGCCCCGGCCAGCCACUAUCUCAGGACAUUCCUGAAAGAUGAGGAGCUCUCCCUGCUCCCACCUGUUCACCAGCAUCCCCCUCCUCCAGGGAAGUCUGCUGCCAUCUUCCCCUUAAGCCUCAGUGCCUGGGCUUGGCAGCCAUCAAGAGGGAGCCGGGCCCAACAUGUGCUUCCCUGGCAGUGCUGGGCAGAGCCUCUGCCCUCUACUCGGCAGCCGAGUAUCACCCUCCCCAUUUCUAAUCAGGAAUGAUGAAUAAAACCACCACUCCCUCCCUGCUGGCCUCCAUGUGCCCCAACCCUUGUGGGCAGCCACAGGCAUGGGAGCCUUCCCCAGAUGCACUUUGUUUCAGAGUGUUGCCUGGGGGAAAUGGGGGCAGGAGGGUGAGCUGGAGUUAUCUCAGAUGCCCAGAGACUCCCUUACACAUCUGAUAGUGCCUCAUCUGGGUUCCUGGCCAUCUUGCAAGUGCCUGUUUAGAGGUACCCCUUCCACCCAGCCACAGGGUCAGAACUAGGGAGACCUGCAGGGCACUGUAGGGCAAGGGCACAUGGGUUCCUCACUGAUCCAGCCCCAGCUGGCAGCUCAGUCCUGAUCCACAUAAUGGGGACCCUGUGGGCCUCACCACCCUGCCCUGGUACCCUGGUGCCUUGCUGUGCCAGUUAGAGCAAAAUAACUCCCCACACUCACCCCUGGCCACCUGCACCGCAGAUUCUCGCUCCUCCUUGGGCUCCUGUGGCACGAAGUGAAGCAGUUCCAGGACUUGGGAACCAGGGGCCUCCUUGCAGGAGCCUAGAGGGCAGUCUGGAGUCUGAGGACUCAGGGCCUUGGCCAUCUGUUUCUGGGUCCCCUCUGCACGGAGCAGCAGCGUGAAUGAAGAACUGGGGUGGGGAGGCAGCCAUGUUGGAAUGCCCAGGUUCUGCAGCCCCUGGCCUGGACAGGAGUCACAUGUGGAGCCUGCUGUGUCCAUUCCAUAUGAAAUUUCUGCUCUCAGCAAUCAUUCCCGGAUGUUGAGGUCCUGGUCCACAUCUUGGCUCGGCCCUGAGUCUGAUGCUCCCCCGACAGCAGGGUCUGGUGUAGGGACAUUGUCCAUGGGAAGGAGGUCAGCUGAAGGCCAGUCUGGGAGCCACCUUUCUGCAGCCCUCAUCCAGUGGAAGCCCAGCUCCUAGACCCAGCCUUUAAGUCUUCAUUCUCUCCUACAUGUUCCCUUUCCCAGACCCCAGCAGCCAACUUGUCCUCCCCACCACACCUUCCAGGCCAUCCCUGCAUCUCAGCUUGUGCUGGCCCUUGGGGGCCUUGGGUGGAGCUGGGGUCAGCCCUCUAGCCCGGCUUCCGACUUUGCCUCUGCAUCCUCUGCAGGUGCCCCCACUUGGUCCCCUCUAGGAGAUAACUCUCACAGGCUUUUACUCCUCCUCAAAGCCUUCUCCUAUUUUCCUACUCUCCCUCUGGCUGGCUGAGCUGUGGGCCCUGUUCACCUCCAAUUCUUUCAGGUGGUUAUGCAUAUCUUCACUACUGCCCUUAGUGUAUGUGGCUGAUCCAUCCUUCCUGGCUUUGCUUUGGACUAAAGGGAGAGGUGGGCCUUUGGCUCAGUGGUUUAAGAUGCUGCCUGGGACACUAUAUCCCAUAUUGGAGUGCCAGGGUUCAAGUGGUGGCUCCACUUCCAAUUCCAGCUUCCUGCUAAAUGCACGCCCUGGGAGGCAACCCAUGAUGACUCAAGUUGCCUUCUGGGAAGCCAGAUUGAAUCCUGGGUA